AUGACGACGCGCACGCUCCUGGUCAGCCUCUUCUCUGCCGGCGCGUACGGGCACGGCCGCCUCCUCGAUCCGAUCACGCGCGUCGGCCACCGAUCCUACGAGAACGAUCCGGUCGGGAACGCCGGCUCCGCCACCUUCGAGUCCGACAAGUGGGUGUGCCGCCACGACUACACCCCAAGCGUGGGCCGUACCUCUGUGACGGCGGGCGGCGAGCUGCCAGUGCGGUACUCCCUCUCUGCGGAUCACGUCGGCGACUGCGCCUUCUACCUCUCGUACGACGUCGACCUGCCCCGCAGCGACAUGAGCUGGUUCAAGAUUGCGAAUGUGCCGGACUGCAAGAAACUGGAUGAGCAGACCUUCAGCAUUCAGCUGCCCGACUUUCUCCCCGCGGGAAACGCGGUCCUUCGCUGGGACUGGUAUGCCCUGCACGUCUCCUCGAGCACUCCCGAGAUGUACGUCCAGUGCAGCGACCUAGCCAUUUCCGCGGGUGCGAGCCCGACUACGGUCGGCGAGAUCACUCCCACGUACCUCGCAAAGGACCUUUACACGGCAGCAGAGACGAACGCCGCGCCCUUCCGCCCUGGCUUUGGCGCCGGCGGGAAUGUCGGCGCCGACGGCUUCUUCUUCUCUGGCUACGAGCCAUACGGGUACGAGAGCUUCUGCUCCGCGGAUGAUGGGCAAUGGAUCCUCGCAACAUGCUGGGCGAGUGCGUCAAUGCAAGCCUGA